GGCAGACCGCGCUCGGCCGGAGUGGAAGGGCUGCUGCUGCGGCGACGGUGCUGGGCGGGGCCGAGCUCCGGAGCUGUCGGCUCGGCUGCGGAGGGGCCUGUGAGCCGCUGCGGAGCUGUGGAGCGCCCGGGCUGGACUGGGCAGGCCGAGAGAGUCCGCGCGCGCCCGCUCUGAGCUGCCCGCUCCGGCGGCCGCGCUGCUCACCAGCAUGACGGAGCUGAGGCAGAGGGUGGCCCGCGAGCCGGACUCAGUACCCGAGGACAAGGAGUCGGAGUCAGAAGCAAAGGUCGAUGGAGAGACUGCAUCGGACAAUGAGAGCCGAGCAGAACUUGCUCCUCCUCCAGCUCCCGCAGAUGACACCCCGGAAGUUCUCAAUAGGGCCCUUUCCAAUCUGUCUUCCAGAUGGAAGAACUGGUGGGUGAGAGGCAUCCUGACUUUGGCCAUGAUUGCAUUCUUCUUCAUCAUCAUCUACCUGGGACCAAUGGUUUUAAUGAUGAUUGUAAUGUGUGUUCAGAUUAAGUGUUUCCAUGAGAUAAUCACUAUUGGCUACAACGUCUACCACUCCUAUGACCUGCCCUGGUUCAGGACCCUCAGUUGGUACUUUCUCCUGUGUGUCAACUACUUCUUCUACGGUGAGACAGUGACAGAUUACUUCUUCACUCUGGUCCAGCGAGAGGAACCUUUGCGGAUCCUCAGUAAAUACCACCGCUUCAUCUCCUUUACUCUCUACCUGACAGGUUUCUGCAUGUUUGUGCUGAGCCUGGUCAAGAAGCAUUAUCGGCUGCAGUUCUACAUGUUUGGUUGGACACAUGUUACAUUGCUGAUUGUUGUAACCCAGUCACAUCUCGUUAUCCACAACCUGUUUGAAGGAAUGAUCUGGUUCAUUGUCCCCAUUUCUUGUGUGAUCUGUAAUGACAUCAUGGCCUACAUGUUUGGCUUUUUCUUUGGCCGGACCCCACUCAUCAAGCUCUCCCCGAAGAAGACCUGGGAAGGCUUCAUCGGGGGCUUCUUUGCUACUGUGGUGUUUGGCCUUCUGCUGUCCUACGUGAUGUCUGGGUACAGAUGUUUCGUCUGCCCUGUGGAGUACAACAACGACACCAACAGCUUCAUGGUGGACUGUGAGCCCUCGGACCUGUUUCGACUGCAAGAGUACAACAUUCCUGGCGUGGUCCAGUCUGUGAUUGGCUGGAAAACUGCCCGGAUGUACCCAUUCCAGAUUCACAGCAUUGCCCUCUCCACCUUUGCCUCCCUCAUCGGCCCCUUUGGAGGGUUCUUCGCAAGUGGAUUCAAACGGGCCUUUAAAAUCAAAGACUUUGCCAACACCAUUCCUGGCCAUGGAGGCAUCAUGGAUCGCUUUGACUGCCAGUAUCUGAUGGCCACCUUUGUCAACGUGUACAUUGCCAGCUUCAUCAGGGGACCCAACCCAAGCAAAUUGAUCCAGCAGUUCCUGACCCUGCGACCAGAUCAGCAGCUCCACAUCUUCAACACACUGAAGUCCCACCUGACCGACAAGGGGCUUCUCACAGCUGCCACGGAGGACGAGUAGGGGCCACCCAGGGCAGAAGAGCAGGUGCAGGACUGAGCGAGGGGCAGGUCUCCAAGACAAGCCCAGCUGGUGUGACUUAGACAACGACAGGGCUUCGACUCACUGUCUUUUCUCUUUUUUUCCCCCUGUAGAGUGUUUUUUAUUUGUGGGUUUAAAAAUCUGUAUAUACAGUAUCUGUGUUUUUGAUUUGGGUUGUGAGUAGAUUACAGCUUUGAGUUGGGAAGAUGUCACAGGAGGAAAACUAUUUAGGUUUAAAAAAAAAAAUGUGUAACAACCAGGAAGACAGUGUUGUGUGGCUCAGGGUGUCUGUGUGGUGGUCCCAUCAGCUGAACAGCUUGUAGACUCAUUCAGAGAAUGGAUGUUCUUCUGUGUCCUGCAGCUCAGGGGGCUCUCCCAGGUGCUGGGGUGCACGUCCUGUCUGUGCUCCUGGAGAGCUUCCAUUUGGGCUUCUCUAGCAACCUCUAAGUGGAGCAGUGGGAAGGUCGUCUUCUGUAGCCCUGCCCUGGGGGAGGGAGGUUUAGCCAUCAGAUAAGCAUUCUGUCCAUGCUGAUAUCCUGCAGGGUGUGAGUCGGCUCUGCUUUACAAGUAAAUAAUGCUUUCACCUUCAUCACAGAUUGAAAGGAGGUUUCAGUUUUUACUUUUUCCAGAAAGCACGAGAAAUUAUUUAUAAUGAUCUGGAGAGAAAUCCACACUGUAGUAGUUCAAGUGUAUGCAGUAGCACGCCCACAGAGCCCGCGCCCGUGUUGGGUGGGAUCAGGUGUCUCCUGUAGGGCGGCCCAGCUCACUGUGUCUUCUGGGCUGGCACUCUUCGUGUUGUGCUGUAGACUUGCUGCUGCUGAAUCCCUUCUGGGGUCCCCCUGUCUGCGCACCCUUGGCCAGGACACCCGCGUAGCUGCUGUGUUGUGUAUAUAUGGUUCUUACAGCCAGAGUGUGUCUGUGUGUUUUAAAAAAAUCUCUUGUGCCAUGCCCUCUUCACUGAAACCACAAAGUCCUGCUUAAAACUAUGGAGACCCUAACCUGAUGAGAGGCUUGACCGCUGUGCAGGUUAAAUGUACACUUUUUAUAUAAUGUGACCAGUUUAAAUCCAGUAUGUAUUUUCCUGGGGGACCUUUUGUUUGUUCAAACUGUGAUUUAUUUUUCCCCCUCCCUAUUGAUAAGGGGUGAGAAUUGACUUUGGGAAGACAGAUGAGUUCUGUCAGGCCAACACACAGCAGAGGGUGGGAGUGGGAAACUUGGUGGCCAGAUGUGUUAAAUUACCUGGUGCCAUGGAUCACCUUGCUUUAGCCCCUGGGUCUAGUGCGUGGUUAAGUUCCCCCUUCCUACCUCCCCGGAAGGCUCGGCCAGCCCCGAUUGCUCAAGCGUCCAGCGGAAACCGAACCCUUACAAGUUUUCAGCUCACAUCGCUGCCUGAUCCUCCUCAUGCAUGUGGAGUUGAGGCAACUUCUUCCCCUUAAACUUUGACUUCCAUUUCAGGUCCAAGAUCCCCUUCAUAACAAAACUGCAAAGGGUUCGGUCCUGGCUGUGACCCCAGGCAGGGCGCAUGCUCCCAGGGCCUUCGUUUCCUGAGCUGUCUUCCAGCUCUGCUCUCCGCAUCCGAGGGGCUCCUGUGGGUAUUGAGUCACGUCCUGGGGCACCCCAAGGAAGUGCCUUCAGGCCUUUUCUAGCUUGCAUCCUCUUGAGUCGGGGCUGCAGCAAUGGGUCUUACACAGAGGAGAGUUCAGGAAUGUAAUAGCAGUUCUCUGAAGAAUGAACUUGCACGAUCAGGUCCUCGUUUGUCUUGUGUUCCAUUGUGGGUGUCUGGUGGGACCUGAGAACAAGGAGACUUAGCUGGGGCUCCGUGGUGAGACCUCUCUGUGGUAGGGCUGCCUUUAGGACUGGUAAGCCUGGUGGUGGCAGGUGAGGCUCGCGCUGCUUUGUGGCACUGGUUGCUCAUGGGGGAUCCAGGCCAGAGACUGGGUUUAUUUUCUAGGGAUUUCCCGGUCAAGGAACUGGGAGGCAGCGCCACCUUGUGUCUCUUUAGCACAAUGUUCCUUUCCUCUGUUUUACCAUCCACCCAUGUGGGUCCUAAUGAAUGGCAUACCUUGUUUUAAAAUAUCCAUUUUUUUUGGUCAGAAAUAAAAUGUGAAUGAAAUGCUGUAUCUUCCCUUUCCUUGAAUCCGGUAUUUGUUGACCCCAUGCGUGGUUUUGUUUCACACUUGUUCAUGUGUUCAUCAGUAUUGGUUAUAUAGUCCCGAUUUAGAAGUUUUUGUUUUGUUUUCCAACUCGUGUGCCAUACAUUCUCACUGCAGCCUUCUGAGAUUCCUCAGGUGAGAGAGCUGCACCAGGGCCUCCUGGCAGAGUCGGACUCACUCUGUCUCGCGCUGCACCUGUGGGAUGUGAACAGCAGGGGCCCCAGCUCCCCUGCUUCUGUGGCUGUGGCGCCAAUGCACUGGAAAUGCUGCAGCGCUCCUCCCUCAAGCUUAGGAGGCCUCACCUGAGCCAGAGGUGCAUCAGUUGCUGUUAGCACACAGAUGAAAUCAGGAGUUGAGGAAUGAGGGGGAGACAGCCUGGGUGCCCCCUGGUGAGUUCUGCCACUGCUCCCAGGUCCCGGUCUCCCUUUGAGUGUGCCCAAGCCACUCCUCCGUUUCCAGCAUUGGGAGGUACACAUCUGUGUUUUGCUCCUUAAAGUGAAACCCUCUAAGGCAGCCCAGGCCCUAUUCAUGUUGGUUACUUUUUUGACCGUUCCUAUUCUGAGCAUUUUAGUGCUAUUUUAAAAUGUAUUCACUCUUAGUGUUGUACAGUUCUGUAAUGUAUGUGAACUAGUUUGUCUGUGGAGGCAUGGAAUAUAACUUUGAGUCUUAUCCGGGUGGACUUUGAAAUCACUUUUAUGGUAUUUUCCCCAAUCCUCCCUCUCCCCUAAGCCUUUCUCCUGUAACUUGACCUUAUUAGGCAAUAACACUCCAAGCAUACAUUUUAAGGGAGACUGCACAGACCCCAUAACUGAGCCUAAGCCAGUUGCUAAGUUGGCUGGAGCCUAGUGGCAAGGGAGCCCUGUGUUCAGAUCCUCACAGUGUUGGUGAGCCCCUGGCAGGCUCCGGUCUCUCCCCACUGUUGACAGAGUUGGGGUGGGAGAGAAUGUGAGUGAUUCAGGGCAGAGCGUGCCCUAGCCCAGAACCCCGCACAGCCAUGGCCAUUUCCAGAGUAGACGUGGGAUGUGCUGCUGAAACUCCUUCCUAUUUAGUAAUAGCCUGGGCUCCACUGGCUCUUGUGUUUCAGAGUGACUCACAUGUGGGCCCAGCUUUUAAAGAUUUAUCUGUUCAUCUGAAAGAAUCAGAGGGAGGGAGGAACAAAGAGAUCCUCUAUCCGCUAUUUCAUUCCCCACAUGGCUGCAACAGCGGGGGCUGGGCCCCGGAGCCAGGAGCUUCCUCCGGUUCUCCCACGUGGGUGCAGGGGCCAAAGCACCUAGGCCAUCCUCUGCUGCUUUCCCCAGCACAUCAGUAGGGAACUGGAAGUGGAGCAGCAGGGUACGAACUGAUACCUGUAUGGGAUGUGGGUGUUGCAGGCAGUGGCUUAACCCACUUUGCCCCAGUGCUGGCCCUGGGCCCAGCUUUCUAGCACACACUGUGCUGAUGUGCUGGGGGGAGGGUAGAGUGGGAUGGGGGUGGCAGGGACAGUUUCAUGUCACCUGACCAAGGUCAGGAUGGGGAGGAAAAGGUGAAGUGGAAGGUGUGUAGGUGAUUGUCGCAGCCACAUCACAUGGCAGGGAGCCACAGGUAGACUCUUCAUUUGUGCUUGUCUGGAGCACAGGGUUCUAAAGAGCAGCUGGAGCGUUCAGCUCCUGAGACACAGCUAAUUCUUGGACAGAGCCUCCUGCUUGUCCUUAUCUUGGUCAAACCAGACUUCCUUUUCCCUUAAUCACCCUCCUUCCUAACUUGGUUUCCCUCGUUGGGUGGGGGUCUUGUGGCCUGACCUACGAAGGGUGCCGGGCUUUGGUGGCAAAGAAUCCUUACUGAAAGGUCCAGCUGGGCUGACCCCUCUGUCUGGGCUCUGCUCACAUCUCCUUGGGGGUGGGCCCCAUUCUUAGGAGGGGGGUCCUGGCUGCCAGCUGUGUUCAUCUGAGCAGCUCCCCUUUCAGGUUGACCUGCAGUGGCCUUGUUCACCUGAGCUCUCAGGUGGGUGGGGCAGGCUUCUCCUUCGGGGCUGCCUUUGGCUUGAGCAGUGGUUUGUGUGGGGACCUCGGCUCUGAGGGCAGUGUAGGAGGCUUGUUGUGGAUGCUGACGUGCUGGGGCUCUCGGAACACGUGAUGAGCUGUGAAAACCAGAAGGGCAGAAUGUGCAACGUUCAGGGUUCUGUGGCCAGUGGGGUUCAAAGCUCUUGGCUAUUUGGAGACCCCGUGCCUUCCCCUCUUUAGCAAAUGCCUCUCUGCUGAGGUUCUUUCUCUUUUUAUUCUUGAGCCAAUGAAAUACCAGCAGGUGUCUGUUAGUAAUGAUUGCAAUCACAAAGUGCUUAAUAUGUGCCAGGCACACUGCUAGGAGUUUACAUACAUUAUCUCUGUUAUCCAGAAGAUGAGGUAUCAUUGUCGUGCCCGUUGUAUCAAAGGAAACAGGCCGAGAGUGAUGACCAAGGAGACAGACGUGGGCUCACGUAGCCCUGGGUCUGGGCAGGCUCCUAGGCUGCCCUCACCCUGCCUGCACCCCUGACCCAGCUGGGGCUGGUAUUGGUGCUGCCUUCUACGGGCCAGUUGUGGUAUUGAUGGAGAUAAUGCACGUCAGCGUUCAGCGUGCCGCCUGGCACAUCGUAAGCACUCAAUAAAUGGUAGUUACUUGUGUAGAGCUCCGCUGGUCCUUGGACCCUCGCUGUGGUAGUGCUAGAGACAGGGUUCUCAGCCACCUCGCUGCUGCUACCCCGCACGCCAGAAGUUCCCAGGCUGAGAAGUGAGCCUGCUGCCCUUCUGAGAGAAGCAGCCCCGCCUUAGCACCUCCAUGGCCUCCAGAAGGCCAGCCUGAUGGAGGGAACAGGACGUGAGGAGGCCCAGAAGUGCUCUCCCCUGAGGGUCCUGCAGCUUCCUGUGCCCAUGGUCUGGACUGCCCCUACCCAGAGUUGGCUUCCUCUUGCCUGGUGGUGCCUCUGCUCCAUGGGCAGGGAGGGCCUGUGACUUGCCACGUACUUCCCUCUGUGGCCGGAAAACUUGUCAGGCAUAGGCAGCACAAGUGCAAAUUUUCAGGGUCCAGGGAUGGAGAAAACAGACCUGCUGUGCAGCAGAUUCCACUGACUGGAAGCCUGAACACAGCUCUGCCUGCAUGCGGCCUUGCAACGUGGCCAGUCUGGGGCCUGGUGUUUUUGUUCUUCCUUAAAAGUAUUCACGGGAUGGAAGUGGCAGCCUGCCUAGGACACGUGGCCUGGGGUACUGCUGGCAGUUCUAGGAUAGCCAAAGGCUUGACUGGGUGACUGACAAAUGAGGGGUAACGGGCAUUGGAUGAGCAAACACUUGCCUCUUUAACUUAGUUCCUGAAUGAAGACAAGGGUCAUGGAGGAGCGAGAGGUGAAGUGGAGGAUUCUUGGCUUUGAAGCACUGGUGGUGGCUCAUGGGACCGCUGGAAUUCUGAAGCCAGUCGAAUAAUCACCUAGAAGACUGGCUCGAGUGUGGGGUAGCUCCUGCGUGUCAGUGGAGCCUAGAUGCCCAUUGCUAGACUUUAACUAAUGGUCUCUCCCCUUCAGUUAGUUGAUGAAUCAGGAGACAUAUCAGGCGGACCCUGGCCCUGCCUGGAGCUCCCUUGUGCUAUUGCACGCACCCAUGCAGCCUCUGAUCUGCAGAGAGAGCCGGUGAGGACCCCCUGGAAAUACCCCAGCAGGGCUCUCCCAGGCUCUGUGCAGUGCUCAGCAGGGUGUGCCAUCUGGUGCUGUCGUCCUAAGUGGAACCAUUCGUUCAUUCACAUGGCUGAGUCUGUCCUGGCUGCUGGGGUACUGUUUUCUUACCCCCGUUAGGCUCAUACACAGGUUUUGCUGGCUUUUCUCAAAGGAACACCAGUUUAGAAAAGGGGUCAAGAAUGUUUUCUAGUGGGUAGAACGUGCGUAACUGUUUUUAUGAGUGUCCUUCCUUCGCUGCUUUGUUCAGCUCCUCUAUACACAGACAGCAGCCUUCAGUACACCCAGUGCUCUGUCUCACGUCACCCGGGCUGGGCGUCGGGGGGCUGAGCACGAAGCAGAAGAGCUGAGCAGACAUCAGGAGCCAAUAAAACAGGAGGUCUUGGAGCCAAGGGGCCCGCCAGGGCCUGGGAAGCAGACUAUUGUCUGGCCACAGCAGUAGCCACAGGGCCAGCAGCAGGGGGAGCACGGGGUAAGGGAGGGGGCUGGGAAUUUCACAGCUGAGGACAGGCACGCAGCAGGCCAGCUGAGGGCUCGCUGGUCCCCGCUGCCUUGUGGGUGGGGGGGCCCGAAGAUGGCUCAGAAAACCUGUGCAGGGAGAUUUGAAGCUGGGGAUUAUCUUUUAGAGGUGGUACGGAUACCAAGUCUUCAUGUUGAUUGAUGCUCGGUACCUUUCACAGCAGGAGAAGAGCAGACCGGACCCCUUGCCCCCACUGGAGAGUUUUGGGAAUCCCAGCUGUGGCUGUCUUUUGAAUUCUCUCCACUUGAGAUUUAUUUAAUCAGGAAGUUCCCCCAAGCCUAACAAGGGUCCCUCUGCCCCUUUAGGGAGUGGUCUGUGCUGGCAGUGCCAGGAAAUCACAUAUGGCCUAUCACGGCCAGCGUCUGUGCCUCCUGGGAGUCUCCCUGGGCCCUGCCUCCUCCGUGACGGGGGUGGCUGAUGGGGGGCAGAGCACCCCUAGGGCAGUUUUUCAGCCCCUUCCCCAUUUUGUAUGGAGGGACACAGAUAGGCUGGGUGAUGGGGGUAGAGUCCACGUGAUAGUCCUGAUGGCUUCCCCUGGGAAGUGUGUGCCUGUGCAGCUGCUGUGCCAUUGACCCACUUGGCUGACAUUUGACUAAAGCAGUGUUUUUUGUUUUUUUUUUUUUGCCACAGCUGAUCCUUCUCUGUAUACUUCUGAUCAGUGUUGAACACUACAUGUAGAUUCUUAGCACAAUGUAAGCACUCGAUAUCCUGUACAUUGGAAAUAUUUACCUUAUUUAUAUACCCGAUUGUUCCUACUACACAAAUAAACACAUAAUU